UCGUCUCUUUCCCCUCUCAAAAUCCUCUCUCUUCACUUGUUCUUUCGGCUGCCAGAUGCCAGGUGAAUGCACCUGAGACGAAGAGAAGACAAGAGUCAACUAUUUUGAAGCUCUGCCUUUUUGUUUUCUUGGCUCCAAAGAGUAAGGCCAAGUCAAAGAGAAAUAUUAAAAUUCUCAACUUGGGAUUUCUCCACAGCUUUUUGUCUGCUGUUAAUGUCACAGAAACGCCAUUCUCACAAGCUCCAUAGUCCACUCUCUCAGUACAGUAAUGAAUAUUAGCGAGUUGACUCAGUUCCAGAAGGCCCAGAUGAAGGCGAUUCUUGGGCCUGACUCUAGUGUUCCUUUUGAAACCUUUAUCUCGGAUCUCAUGGCGAGCUCCUCUGAGGCUGAGUCAAUGUUGGACAUGAUCAAGCAGGAGGAUUCGAACUUGCUUGCUGUUAAGCUUGCUAACCUUCUAGACUCUCCCCAUAUCACUGAUGAUUCACGCGCUACGUGUGCUAUCGUCCUCCAAAAUUUGUUUGUUGGGGAUGAUGGAUAUGGUUGGCGCAAUCUAAGUCUAUCGACUCGGUCCGGUGUGCAAUGUAUCCUUCUGAACCGUAUCAAGAUUGAAGAAUCAAAAUCCAUUAUGCAGACCCUUUACAUUACGCUUUGUGUAAGCCUCCAAGAUAACAAGGAGUCUGAAAUAUGUAGCUUGUUCGGCCAAUAUUAUGACAACUCCAGUUAUAUCAAGGUAGUAGAGUUUACUUUGUCAUUAGUUUCCCAGUGCGCCAAACAAGGAGAUGAUUUAUCAUCAGCCCCUUGGAUCAAGGAUAUGUUACUAGGUGCACUGAAUGGUUGCAGUGAUAUGAGAUUGAGGAUGGCGGCACUGAGGGCAGCGAUCGACAUCAUUCAGUGCCUCUCUAGUUCAAAUGAUAAAGACUGGUAUCAGGGUUUGUUGCCAGCUUUGUUGGGGACCUUGACAGAAGCAUUGAGCAAAGGUGAGGAGGUUACUGCCAGGGAAGCGCUGGAACAUUUUGUUGAGUUUGCUGAGAAUGAACCUAGGUUCUUAAGGAUGCAACUAGUAGAAGUGGUGGCUACCAUGUUUGAGAUAGCAGAGAAUGUGAGUUUGGAAAAGGAGACGAGGCACUUGGCGAUUAAGUUCCUGAUAACUUUAGUUGAGGCGAAAAAGGAAGCUCCCGGCAUGAUGAAGAAAUUACCAUUAUUUACUAGCAACUGUUUUGCUAUGUUAUUGAAGUUGUUACAAGAUGUUGAGGACGAACCACCUUGGAACAAUAUCCACAAGGUUGCAUUUAGGGAAUAUGGUAACAUUAUGGUUGGGAUCUGCUAUUUUGAUCGCUUGUCUCGUGCAUUAGGUGCUAAGACUAUUGCUCCUGUUGCUAAAGAGCAGCUCUCUGCUUGCUUGGCUGCCCCUGACUGGGAGAAACGCCAUGCAACACUUCUUGCACUUGCUGUUAUUUCUGAAUGUUGCCCGAAGGUGAUGCUUACGAGUAUGGAGGAACUGGUUCUGAAUUAUUUCCUGAACAUGGUUCUGGAUUGUUUCCAAGAUCCUCACCCUCGAGUAAGAUGGGCCGCUAUUAGGGCAAUUGCCUUGUUUUCGACCUUCUUCUGUCCACAGUUGCAAGAACAAUUCCAUGAUCAAGUAUUACCUGCAUUAGCUGCAGCUAUGGCUGAUUUUCAAAAUCCAAUAAUACAGGUAAUGGAAGUUCUUCUGUCAUUACUAGGAUCACAACUGAAGGCGGACGAUCGCAGUAAUGUUUAUCUAUUCUUGGCAGGAGCCAGAAUUUUCUUAUGCAUGGGGAAGGAAUUUCUUCCUUACAUGAGGGUAGCCAUCCCUUUUAUGAUUCAACUUGCUCAAGUUGAACUUGAUAUAACCAUCUAUGAUCAUUCAUACUCUGGAUUAUAUGGAUUAGAUUACGAUAGGGACAUUAUAGUCAAGUUUGAGGAAACAAGCAUGUGCAUCAAAGAUAAUAUCCGACUAGAGGAGAAAUCUAUAGCCUGUCAUCUCCUUGACAUCAUUUCUGUCUUGCUGGAGGAAGAUUUCUACCCUUGGAUUUCCCAGGCUGCUCCAGUCUUAGAACCACUUUUGAAAUUCUACAUCCACGACGAUGUCAGGGAAAAUGCUAUUUUUGCAAUUUCAUCCCUGUUGCGUUCUGCUAAACUGGCGGUAGAGAAAGGGACUGCUCAAGGUGGAAACAAGUGGUACUUCAAGGAGUUGUCUGGCCGUAUAAUAUUGGCUUUGGGGGACGCAAUAUAUUCGGAGCAUGAGACAAAACUAUGUGAAAUUAUAUUGAAGGAAUUGAAUCAAUGCCUAAAGAUAAGUGGACCACAUCUUGAUGAAGAUCAGGUUCGUAGAAUCAUGAAUGGGAUAAAGCACGUCAUUACAGAAAGUUCAUGCAGAAAAGGAAAACUCACAGAGAGAGAAAAAUCAGAUGACUUUGAUGCUGAGGAAGCUGAAUUGCUCAGGGAGGAAAGAGAGCUAGAAGAAAAAGUAUUUUCUAGGGUUGGUUGCAUAUUGUUGACAUUGAUCAAAACCUUCAAGGCUGCUUUCUUGCCUUUCCUUAAUGAGCUUUCCUCAUAUUUAAUGCCUAUGACAGGCAAGGAUAAAACAGCUAAAGAGAGAAGUGCAUGUGUAAAUAUCUUUAAUAAACUUGUGGAGGAAUGCAGCGAAUCAUCUCUAAAGUAUUAUAACAUAUGUCUUCCUUUUAUUUUGGACUCAAGCAAUGACGAAAAUCCAGUUCUUAGAGAGAAUGCAUUUUAUGGACUUGGGCUUUGUGCGGAAUAUGGUGGUUUAGUUUUCAAACCAUUUAUCGGAGAGGCUCUUUCAAGGAUCAAUGUUGUGAUAACACAUCUACAUGCUCUUGCACCUGAGAAUGAACAGGCAUAUCAUGAUGCUGUUUUUGCACUUGGUCAGAUAUGUCAGUUUCAUCGGGAAAGUAUUGACUCCACGCAGAUUAUUCCGGCUUGGUUGAAUUGUCUGCCUAUAAGAGGUAACAUGGUUGUUCACGACCAGCUCUGUUCAAUGGUUGAAAGGUACUGUACUGGACUAAUCUGCUCUAGUUUCUAUCAUCAUCUGGUCUUUACUUUACUUUUCAGAUUUUCUUUUUGUUAAGACUGUGAGAAGGCACGGGAGAAAAUAUGUUAUUGAUAUUAGAUGAUAAAUACAAUACAAGAGGUCUCUAUUUAUAGCUAUACAUUAAAAGGGGAUAUUACUCCUCUUCUAAUGUGGGAUAAGACUACACUAUACAUAUCUAUAAACUAACACUCCCCCUCAAGUCGGUGCAUACACAUCAUAUGUACCGAGCUUGUUACACAUGUA